AGGAGUUCAUGAAGCGUUUCGACGCCAUCGCCAACAGCAUCAAGAACGUGGUGCUGCCCCUGCCCAAGGUGGAAGAGGAGCCGCAGACCAAGUCGGCCUCGCAGGAAGCUCCACAAGACGCCAGCGACAGCGUGAGCCCUGACGACGACAUCAGAAUAGACGACGCGGGCGACUUUGACCUUAGCAGCGAGCAGGUGGAUGAGGAAGGCGACGACGUCUCGGAGGACGAGCACGACUACGAGAGAGGCAGCCAGUUCAUCGCUCACCGCAUGGACGACAAGAUGCACGUGCGACAGGGCUUUGCCGAGUCGGCCGCAACAAGCAGCCAAAUGGGCAGCACCAUCGGCAUCGCGCUGGGAGGUGUCAGCGUGUUCGUCAUCAUCGUGGUUGCUGUGUUUAUGGUGAAGCGCAAGAACCGCAACCAGUACCCGUCCCCAGGAUACGUGGAGGUUGACCCAUCGGCCUCACCGGAGGAGCGUCAUGUCGCCAACAUGCAGAUGAACGGAUACGAGAACCCCACGUACAAAUACUUUGAGGUACAAAGCAAUCCCAACGCUUGAUUUGUGGGGCGCUGGUGUUUGUGACUUGUUGGAUGUUUGUGUCUAUCGCCACCUGCCUGUUUUGGGGCGGGUGGGGGGUGGACAUCUUCAUCCUCCCGGCGGUCACGUCAUCGUCCUUGACCCACUACGCCCAACACCAUCGGGAGCCCCGGAGGGAAGCAGCAGUCGCAGUGUACCACCUCAGUAGGCGAACUGACGGCAUUCACAAUUUGUUCAAAUACUUGGUGAAAUACUUCGGAAAGUGAAUGAAUGCCUUUUUUCCAUUUUUUAGUAUGGUAACUUUUAUUGUAACCAGUUUGAAUCGUUCUAUAUUUGGAAUGUGUACAUGAUGCUAAUUAUUUUAUUCAAUUGUGUCCCCAAAAAAAUAAUUUUUUAAAAAUACAAUAAAAGGAAAUUGGAAGACAGACAUAAGGAGCUGUUGAUUUGUACAUCAAAACUAUUCUAUUCUAUUCCAAGUCGUAGUGCAGGAAGUUCCGAUGUUCCAACUCGUAGUGCAGGAAGUUCCGAUGUUCCAACUCGUAGUGACGGAAGUUCCGAUGUUCCACCCAUGUUUUUGUACCUUUUUUCUUUCUCCUCAUUUUUUUGCGCAUGUUUCUUUGAGCUGACGUUUUGUGGAAGCAGAAGCAGCCCAGUGUACACAGCUGUCGGGUGUGUGCGUAGAAAGAAGUGUCUCGGGGCACUGCGUGCGUUGUGAUAUAAUGUGCUUUUCGAAAAAAACGACACGGUUCUAAGUUUCUCUCUUCUUCUUUCUCUGUAAAUAUAGACUGUGUGAUGAGUUUCUAAAGCUUUACCCAGUUCCACGAUUUUUGUAGCUCUUCUUUCUCCCCGUAGGAUCCGCGGGACCGAUCGUGGAAACUAGAUUUUUAUCGCCACCGAUUCUGUACCUUCUGCUCUGCGUGUUCUUUCAACUUUUACGUCAUUUUAUCGUUUUCGUUUUUUUAAGAAAGAAACUUUUUAACUCUUAUUCAGAAGGGUUUUGUUUUUUUUAAACACAAGCUUUUGUGUCUGUCCUUCCCGAAGGAAGUCGAAAAUGAGAAGGAAUAUUUUUAACCUUUUUUAAAAAAAAGUUUUCAGUAUGUUAUUGUAAAGUUUUACAUCAAUUCCCAAGCUUGAAAGGAAGGAGUAUACCUGCCUUAGUGGUGGAGUUAUUUUAUUUUUAUAUAUUAUCGCGCUAUUAUCGGCCGCACUCACGUGCUUCGAGCUUGUUUUGGGUUUGUUUGUUUUUUUAAUAGUGCCGUGGAGGGGUUCAGUCGCAGCUGGCCUGGUUUUACUCCCGCGGGUGAUGAGAGCGGAGGAGGAGGCGAGAGCGGGAGAGGGGGGAGCAGGACGACCAUGGUAGUCUCUUCGUCUCCCCCUCCCGCACGGACGGACCCCCGAGACUGGGCUGCGGGCUGAAGGGUGGUCAGUUUUAUCGUGAGCGCGCCAGCCACUCUUUGACUCUGAGCUACUCAUUCGAUCGUUCGUUCGUUCGUUCGUUCGUUCAUUCGUUCAUCAUUCCUCAUCCAUUCCUCAUAAUAUUUUUUUUUUCGUUUGUCUUACGGAAGGUUAACUUUUGCGCUGUGACAGUAAUCAUUUCUAUUUGUCGAUAUAUAUAUAUAUAUCUAUACAUAUAUACACGUCGUGCUCAUUGCUGUUCACCAGUUUUUACACCAUGUUCGUCGAUUGGAAAUGUACAUCUCGAAACGAAAUGUUUUUUUGGUUGUUGUUUUAAGUUGCUUGGGUUGUUUGUUUUUUGGGAGGUUUUUGUUUUGUGUUGUUUUUGUUUUUUUAGGUUUUUGUAGACUUUAUUAAAUCAGUAGACAAGUUUUGAUAUUUCAAUGUACUGUUUCCCGCUGAUCUUUACGGUCAGUGUGCAUGUUGUUUUAGUUUAGCUUUCUGCACAUAUUAUAGAAUUUUUUUGCAAAUAGACCAAGUAUAUUACAGAAUGCAUGCUUAUACUCGUAUAUAUAUAUAAUGAAUUAAUUUUCUUCUCUAGCUGACUAAGGCUAUUUUAAUAUUUUCGACAUUGGGGAGGGGGUUUUUAUGUGCCUAUUGAGGAAGAUGAAGAAGCAGGAUUUUAUUUUUUUUUUUUUUUUUUUUUUGUUGAUUAGCUGUCACGGGUUUGAAAAAGAAGCUCAUCCAAUUGGAAAUUGAUACAACUUCUGAAACUCUGAAUAUCGUCAUCUAAAAUAAUUGAGGCCUUUUAGUUAGUUUUUUUUAAACAAUUUUCAGUGUUCAGUUCUAGCGUAUCAGAUGAGCAAGUCAAGAUAUAUAUAUAGAUUGCUUCGCCACCCGCGCUACUCACUCAGGCGACAUCAUCGCGACCCUUUUAUUCAGAAUCACGACAAUUUUAAUUUCUGUGGCCAUGAUGCUUUCUGGGAACAAGUUUCCCCAGUUUAUGAAUAAUAUAUUGUAUUUUCGGCUUUACACAAUACCCACAAAGCAUCAGUUCUAUUCUCAUGAUUUGAACAAAUAUUGUUCCAUUUUCACCGAUUUAAGGAUUUUUCCAGUCUGUUUUACGCUUCAUGCAUAUAUGCAGGAUAUGCGGCUUUUAGUUUUAAAAGGCGGUGAGUUUCAUUCACUCUGUGUGCAAGAGAAAGCUUGACGUUAAGUUUUCUUAAUUCCCCCCCACCCCCACCCCUUUUUUUGAUCACAAGGAAUUUUUUUUAUGAAGCCAGGAUUUUUUAUUGUUUUAUUGACCACCCACCUAAUUGGAAUCAGGGAUCUGAAUGUCGUGGGAAAUAUUUGAGCAGUGGACUGUAAGAUCCAGUCUGUGCCGUGACUUUUAAUCACAUUUUAUGCGGUCGAGUAGGAAGGAAUAAAAAGGAGGAUUUUACUAGUAGUGACCACUCGGUGAGAAAUGGAAUGUAAAUUAAUUUUUUCCCGUACGGGGUCACAGAAGUUGGAAAAACGAUCACAGUUGAUUGGAUAGCUUUACGGUAUAUAAUAAUGCUCAUGUUAUGUGGUGUUGUCCUCGCGUAGAAUGAACCAGUGAAAAUUUUUACAUUCAAAAUUGUAGGGCAACCGUUGUGUACUUUUUUUUUUUUUCCUCCAGCGAAAAUUACCAGUGUGUGCUAUGUGCAAUUUUACUUUUCCGUGUAUUCAUGAGCAUCGAGUGAGUGGAAUUUACAUAUUUUAUGUACAUGUAUUUAAUAUAUAUCAUAUAUAUAUAUUAUAUUGACACUUGCUAUGUCCCAUACUCCCAUCGUUCCAAGCAUAGAGGGUCUGCUACUACUACUACUAGUUAGAGACGAGUCAUAAGUCGUACAUUCCAACGCUGAAAUAUGCCGAGAGGGGGGGGCCGCCCAGUCAACUUUGCCAGCCCCAGUGUAGCAGCUGCAGCUUACAUAGCUCUGUCUUGAGUCUGAGGAGGUUCUCUCUCGCUGGCCGGGUGCCGGCUUGCCUGCCGGGUCUGUCUUUAACUUGUCGGGGGGAGAGAAACGGAAAAUGAUUCUGAGUAGAGUGGGGUCAGGAGAAGGCUUGAAGAGAGUUGGGUGGUUGGAUGGCUUGAAGAGAGUUGGAUGGUUGGAAGGGUUGAAGAGAGUUGGGUGGUUGGAAGGGUUGAAGAGAGUUGGGUGGUUGGAAGGGUUGAAGAGAGUUGGGUGGUUGGAUGGGUUGAAGAGAGUUGGGUGGUUGGAAGGGUUGAAGAGAGUUGGGUGGUUGGAUGGGUUGAAGAGAGUUGGGUGGUUGGAAGGGUUGAAGAGAGUUGGAUGGUUGGAAGGGUUGAAGAGAGUUGGGUGGUUGGAAGGGUUGAAGAGAGUUGGGUGAUUAGAAGGGUUGAAGAGAGUGGGGUGAUUAGAAGGGUUGAAGAGAAUUGGGGAGGUGUGGUAGAAGUUGGCCGUGGCCCCCUCUGUCCCUAUGGCUGUGUGUUUUUCUCGGAGCAUCUUUCGCCAUCUUCGUCAUGUGUCACUUCUAUCUUUACCGUCUUUGGUCAUUGUGAGUUUCUGUAACCGGUCGUAACAAUUAUUAUUAUUAACAAGUUUUAUUUACAAGUCCCCACUAGAUCUGGAAAUGGUUUUGUGUGUCGUCGUCAAGUCUGUCAAACGUUUUUUUUUUAAAGUUCCACGGUUGUUGUUAAAAAUUAAAAAAUUUUCGUCAUUGUUUGAUCUUCGAGCCUUAGAUAGAUAGAUUGUGGGGGGUCGGAGGGGAAGGAAGGACCGUGGGCAUGUGGCGUGGUGCUGUCUGUCCAGUCUGUGUUGUAAUGCUAGCUAUGUCAUUGUCACUCGUCGGGAUAGUUUUCUUGUCGUACCAAACGUUAAGUUGGUUUUUGGUUUUUGUUUUUAAUGCUAACUUUUUCUUUUAAAAAUUUUUGAUCAGAUUGGCAGUUCGAACAAGAAGUAAAUGGGGUGGGUACCUAGCCAGAAGCAAUGAAGCUUGAAAGAUAAAAAAUGCUACGUUGUUUUUCGUUUCGUCACAGCUUUGUAUAUUGCUUUCUCUAGCAAGAACACCAUUUCCACUAAAAUAAAAAGUCAAUAAAAAAAACAACAAAAAAGCCA